AUGGCGUCUGAAAUACUAGGAAACGCUGCGGAGAAGGCCAAGGGCCUCGUGGGUGAGAAGACGGGCAAGAUGGCUCAACUCGCCGCCGUCACAAAGGAUGUCCACGACGACAAGUGGCGCAUCACCAGCGACUACGGUGUCAAGCAGAACAACACCGACGACUGGCUAAAGGUUGCAACGGACGACCAGACUGGCCCUUCGCUGUUGGAGGAUCAAUUCGCUCGUGAGAAGAUCCACCGCUUCGACCACGAACGUAUCCCCGAGCGCGUUGUCCACGCCCGUGGCUCAGGUGCCUUUGGUAAAUUCACUCUCUUUGAAUCGGCAGAAGACGUCACAUCUGCGGGUGUUUUGACGGAUACAUCGCGCGAAACCCCCGUCUUCCUACGAUUCUCGACUGUCCUGGGCAGCCGUGGCUCAGCUGACACCGUUCGCGAUGUACGUGGCUUUGCUGUCAAGUUCUACACAGAGGAGGGCAACUGGGAUAUCGUCGGAAACAACAUUCCUGUGUUUUUCAUCCAGGACUCGAUGAAGUUUCCUGACGUGAUCCACGCAGGCAAGCCAGAGCCUGACUGCGAGGUUCCCCAGGCCCAGACUGCUCACAACAACUUCUGGGACUUCACUUACUCUCAUUCAGAGGCUACGCAUAUGUUCAUGUGGGCCAUGUCAGAUCGCACGAUUCCCCGCUCGUAUCGUAUGAUGCAGGGUUUUGGCGUCAACACUUACACACUGAUGAACGCCAAGGGUGAGAGGCACUUUGUCAAGUUCCACUUUACACCCGAGCUUGGAGUACACAGCUUUGUGUGGGAUGAAGCCCUCAAGAUCGCCGGUCAAGACCCUGACUUCCACCGCAAGGAUCUGUGGAUGGCCAUUGAAAGUGGCGCCUACCCCAAGUGGAAGUUUGGUAUCCAGGUUCUCCCUGAAUCUAAGGAGCAUGACUUCGAUUUCGACAUCCUCGACGCCACCAAGAUUUGGCCCGAGGAAUUGGUUCCUAUCCGGUAUAUUGGUGAGCUUGAACUCAACCAAAACCCAGACGAGUUCUUCACCCAGACCGAGCAAGUCGCCUUCUGCACAAGCCACAUCGUCCCCGGUAUCGGCUUCAGUAACGACCCUCUCCUCCAGGGACGCAACUUCUCUUACCAGGACACUCAGCUCUCUCGUCUUGGCGUUAACUGGGAGGAAUUGCCCAUCAACAAGCCCGUCUGUCCUGUCAUGAACUUCAACCGCGACGGUGCUAUGCGACACACAAUCACCAAGGGUAAAGUCAACUACUGGCCUAACCGCUUCCAGACUGUGCCCCCUGCUACCGAGAAGGAGGGCGCUUACAUCGACUUCCCCGAGAAGACUGUAGGCAUCAAGGCUCGCAUGCAAAGCAAGAAGUUCAGGGAGCACAAGAACCAGGCUGAGCUCUUUUACAACUCCAUGUCGGAGAACGAAAAGAUGCACAUGAAGGAUGCUUUCGCCUUCGAACUUGACCACUGCGACGACCCUGUAGUCUACAAGCGUCUCUGUGAGCGCCUAUGCGAGAUCGAUCUUGAGCUUGCCCAGAGCGUUGCAGACAUGGUUGGUGCCGAUCAACCUACCCAGCAGACGCGCCCCAAGCACAACAAGAAGGCCAAGGGUCUCUCGCAGAUGGAAUUUAUGCCCCAGAAGCCCACCAUUGCCACCCGCAUGGUCGCCAUUCUCAUCGCCGAUGGCUACGACCAGGUUGCAUACAACGGCAUCAAGGCUGCUUUGACCGCGGCCGGAGCCCUUCCCUUCACCAUCUCGCCACGGAGAAACAAGAUCUACGCCGACGGCGAGGACCGCAGCGGCCCAGGCGUCGUAGCAGACCACCACCUCGAAGGCCAGCGAUCCACCAUGUACGACAGUGUCUUCGUACCCGGCGGCGCAAAGUCAAUUGAGACACUCAGCAAGAACGGACGUGCGGUACACUGGGUCCGUGAAGCAUUUGGUCACCUCAAGGCCAUUGGUGGAACCGGCGAGGCAGUCUCAUUCAUCAAGCAGGCCGUCGACCUUCACGGCAUGGAGUUCUCGGCUGCCGGUGACGUGGUCAACUCGUACGGUGUUGUGACUGCCAGCAAAGUCCAGCCCGAGAGCUUCAAGGAAGCUGUCAACAUGGCCAAGGAAGCAAUGGACUUCACUAGCGCGUACCUGUUUUCGAUUUCUCAGCACAAGAACUUUGAGCGUGAGACUGCGGGCUUGAACCAGAUGGUUGCGUACUAA